CGAACACGCCCAGUUUGUUUGAUAGGCUGUUUGUUGGGUCAGGUCAGGUUGACUUGUACACUGCGAGCGGUUUUCUAACGAACCGGUACCAACUGAUUUAAAUAAAUACUCAGAAUGUCCUUUUGUUCUUUUCUUCGUGACGAGGUCUUUAAAGAUCACUUCAAACCAGGUAUUUACGUGUGUUCCAGUUGUGGACAUAAGCUGUUUUCCAGCAGAUCCAAGUUUGAGCAUUCAUCCCCGUGGCCUGCCUUCACUGAGACUGUACGUGAGGACAGUGUUACCAAACACAUGGAGACACCAGCAGCAUUCAAGGUCCUAUGUGGGAAGUGUGGAAGUGGACUAGGGCAUGAAUUCCUCAAUGAUGGGCCAAAGGAGGGCAUGUCUCGCUUCUGAAUAUUCAGCGGCUCGCUGAAGUUUGUCCCUAAAGACAAAGUUGACGGGCAAUAGAACCAGCUGGAAUAAUGAAGACAACAAGAAUGUUUGAGCGGCACUGUUUUUGUAGAUCAUGUGGUCAGUUCAUGAAGCACGCUGGGUAAAAUCCCAAAUGGGCCAUCCAGUGUGCAGAUGUCUAAAUGACCACACUGAGAGACAAACAGAGACACUCCCCAGAACGCACACACUAGCGUAAGAACUGCCUAAAGACCGACCGGUUUGUGCUUACUAAAUCUAGUCAAUUAAUUGAAGUGAGUGUACCAUUAGUUGGCGACAAUAAUUUAAUAUUUCCUAUAAUUCCUGGAUGUAGAACAAGAUUAAGGCCAAAUUGCCUUAGUCACGAUUGCAAUGUGUCUGCUUUUUUGUUCCGGUCACCUGAUGGUGACACUGCAGCAGGGAAAUCCCCAGUUGAUGCAGUUCUGUGAUUUAAUUGUCCAAAUAACAGGCUGUUUCCUAGUGUCCACCUGUCGCUGGAAUGUUCAGUAAUAUACAGGUGGACUUUUAACCUCAGAUCAACUCCAGAAUAGCAAAUUAAUUUCUGUCUCAUUUUGCAGUUCAAGAUUUAUCUUGUCCCAAAAUCAAAAAGGGUAAGAGAAAAUGUACUCUUGAAGGGUUUGGCAGUAUUUCCUGUUGUUCCUCAUUGCUGACUCUUUGGUUACGGAAUGAAAAAAUGUAAGCGCAAUUUCAUCUAUGCACAUUUAACAGACAUGGCAACUCCAAUCCCUUCUUCAUCCACUAUCUCUGGAAUUGCAUCCUGACUGUUGUGGCCUCUUCAAGUAAGAAGCAUUAUUUCCACAUUUGUAGGUGAACAAGAGGACACUACACAAAUGCCAUUUACUUACAGUGUAUGCAGCAUACAAAGAAAUUAAGCAAUAAAUGUAUUUAUAAACAUUUACUUUUAAACAUCUUUUAAUGAAGGCAAAAAACCAAAGUGAAAUGGCAUGUCUAGUAUGUUCAUGUGUUUCAGGUACUUAAACUUUAAAUCAAGCACCCUAUUUAUUUAUCAGGAUUAAUCAAUAAAUUAAUUUUGGAGAUCGCA